UAGUAUACACACACAUGCAGUUGAGAAACCCCAAAAAUUGUCCCUCUUCUCUCUCUCUCUAGUUUGCAAGAAAAUAGAGAAAAUAGCAUCUCUCAUUUUUGUUUCAGAAAAAAUAACCAAUCUUUCUUUAUUGGGGCAAAACUAUAAUAUUUUCCCAAUUGAAUUAUAGCUCUGAUAUAGAGAAAACCAGUUUGUUCUAGAGCUUAAUAGUUUUGCUUGUUUCUGCUACAAGUGCAAAGAUACUGGUGUGUAUUUUUCAUGCUUUUUAGUGAUUACCAAUCUUCUUUGUUUGUCCAUAUAUGCAUUAUUAUGUAAAAGUUUGUAUCUUUUAUGGGUAUUUUCUUGUAGUUAGCUUUUGAGAUCUGAAAAUAGGGAGAUAUGGACAAUUGGAUGUUCAGUAAGAAGAAGAUGAUCAAUUGUUUUUGUUGAAAUUAAGAUGGGUUUGUUUUGGAUUGGUUAAUUGGUGUUGUAGAAUGUAUUAAAGUUUCAACCUUUGUAGAAAAAAGAACAUCUAGGAAUAUAAAUUUGGAAUCUUUUUUGGGGCCUAGGGUGUUUUUGCAGUUCAAGGGAUUUGUUUUACUAGGUAGAUAUGGUUUCUGGGAAUAUGUCUUGGAGUGAUGAGGAUAAGGCUACUGUGGCUGCUGUUCUUGGAAAAGAAGGUUUUGAAUAUUUGAUGUCUAGUUCAGUUUCAGCAGAAUGUUCUUUAAUGGCAAUAGGGAAUGAUCAGAAUUUGCAGAAUAAGCUUUCAGAUCUCGUGGAACGCUCAAACCCUGCUAAUUUUAGCUGGAAUUACGCCAUCUUUUGGCAAAUUUCGCGGUCUAAAUCCGGGGAAUUGGUGCUAGGGUGGGGAGAUGGGUGUUGUAGAGAACCUAGGGAAGGAGAGGAGUGUGGUGAAGUUAAAAGGAUUUUCAAUUUUCGCCUUGACGAUGAGGGUCAACAAAGGAUGAGGAAAAGGGUACUUCAGAAGUUGCAUAUGUUAUUCGGUGGAACAGAUGAAGAUAACUAUGCUGUUGGAUUAGAUAGAGUUACUGAUACUGAAAUGUUCUUCCUUGCUUCGAUGUACUUUUCGUUCCCUCGAGGUGAGGGAGGUCCGGGGAAGUGUUUUGGAUCCGGUAAGCAUUUGUGGUUAUCUGAUGCAUUGAAAUCUUCUCUAGAUUAUUGUGCUAGAUCUUUCUUAGCUAAAUCUGCUGGUAUGCAAACUAUUGUUUUGAUCCCAACUGAUGUAGGAGUUGUGGAAUUGGGUUCGGUGAGAUCCAUUCCGGAAAGUUUGGAGCUAUUACAGUCUAUAAAAUCUUGCUUCUCGUCUUUUUUAUCACUUGUUAGGGCUAAGCAAGCAGCAGGUGUAUCAGUUGUACCUGAGAAAAAAGAGGGAAACAAUCCCCCGUUUUCCAAUUCAGGCGCUGUUAGUGAACGACCGGAUGGAACUCCUAAGAUUUUCGGGCAUCACUUGAAUUCCGGUACUCACUUUAGGGAAAAACUUGCUGUUAGGAAAGCGGAGGAUAGGCCGUGGGAUGUCUACGAAAACGGUAACAGGAUGCCAUUCAUAAACGCACGGAAUGGUUUCCCUACUGCUUCUUGGGGUCAAAUCAGUAAUGUGAUGCCGGGAAAGCCAGUGGAGCUCUAUAGUCCUCAGACCCCAGCACACAACCUAAUCAAUGGUGGAAGGGGAGAACUCCGUUUAAACAACUUUCAACAUCAAAAGCCAGCUGCUCGAAUGCAAAUUGAUUUUACUGGAGCUACCUCGAGACCCAUUGUUUCGCCAGCACACACAGUUGAGUCUGAGCAUUCAGAUGUUGAAGCUCCUUGUAAGGAAGACCGUGCAGGCCCAGUUGAUGAAAAAAGGCCUCGAAAACGUGGAAGAAAGCCAGCCAAUGGAAGGGAAGAGCCCCUCAAUCAUGUAGAGGCUGAGAGGCAGCGGCGGGAAAAGCUGAACCAGCGAUUCUAUGCGUUACGAGCUGUUGUUCCGAAUAUCUCCAAGAUGGACAAAGCUUCCCUAUUAGGAGAUGCCAUUGCUUACAUAACUGAGAUGCAGAAAAAACUAAGAGACAUGGAAUCUGAGAGGGAGCUGAGAUUAGGAAACACUUCGAGGGACGUAAUGGCUUCAGAAGACAGCCCGAGUACUUCAGAGAUUCAAAUCCGAGGACCCGACAUCAACAUAGAAGCUGGCAAUGAUGAAGUCAUCGUAAGGGUGAGCUGCCCACUUGAAACCCAUCCAAUAUCUCGGGUCAUCCAAACAUUCAAAGAGGCACAAAUCAACGUCGUUGAAUCAAAACUUUCUGCGGGGAAUGGUACUGUAUACCACACGUUUGUCCUCAAGUCUAAUGGAUUUGAACAGCUGACGAAGGAAAAGUUGCUGGCUGCAUUUUCCAGCGAAUCAAACUUGCUAAGGCAACUUUCACCGGUAGGGCAAUUAUAACAGUAUCAUGUUUUAUAUAGUUGGUAGGGAUAAAAUGUAGUGAAGAAUCGAUAUCAUAGUUUCUGCUGAGAUUUUCGCAUAUAGCAGGUCAAGAUAGGUGGAAAAUAACUAGCUAUUGACAAAGUAGCAGCGAAUUUUCUGUGUCUGUCUAUAUAGUAUACAUGUUCUAUCAUAAGAAAGGCAAGAUGAAUCAAUUGCAACCUUAACUA